CAACGUCAAGAGGUGUGCUCUUAUAAUAUGAACGUUUUCACGUGUUUCAAAUUUUAACUAAGUCCAAACGAAGCACAUGACACGGAAGUGCCUAUAAUUGAUAAACAUCCUCAUGAAAGGCUUCAUGCAGCAGUUGAUUCUCAUUCAUGCACACACUCGAUCAUGCUCGCACACUGUCUGCUAUAUAUAAUCUUUUGUGUUCUCGGAGACUUGGCUGAGUUUUAUGUUAUAAAUGAUCGAAUCGGAUUAGGGAGGGAAUUUGAUGGAAUUGGUGGAUUGAGCGGAGGAGGGGCCACUUCACGUCUUCUUGUAAACUAUGACGAACCGUAUCGCAGUGAAAUACUUGACUUCUUGUUCAAGCCCAAUUUUGGAGCUUCAUUGCACAUCCUAAAGGUAGAAAUUGGAGGUGACGCCCAAACCACAGAUGGCACGGAACCCUCUCACAUGCACAGUGGGGAUGAUGUGGAUUUUUACCGUGGAUAUGAAUGGUGGCUCAUGAAAGAAGCCAAGAAGAGAAAUCCAAACAUCAAACUGAUUGGUCUGCCCUGGGCGUUUCCAGGAUGGGUUGGUCAGAAGACCCAAUGGCCUUACUUUUUCCCAAACAUUACUGCUAACUAUGUUGUUUCCUGGAUUAUUGGGGCAAAGCAGCAUCAUAACUUGGAUAUCGAUUAUGUUGGGAUAUGGAAUGAAAAGGAAUAUGAUGCAACAUACAUUAAGGUGCUGCGAUACACUUUGGACCAAAAUGGUUUGACUGAUGUUGGAAUCAUUGCUGCAGAUGGGGACUGGGGUAUUUCUAAAGCCAUUGCCUACGAUCCGUAUCUAAAUGAUGCCAUUGAGGCGAUCGGUGUGCACUACCCAGGCACCAACACUGUUAAAGAAGCGUUGUUGACGGAGAAGAAGCUUUGGUCCUCUGAAGAUUACAGCACGUUCAGUGACGACAUUGGUGCUGGAUGCUGGGCGCGAAUUCUAAACCAGAAUUACGUGAACGGCAGAAUGACUUCGACUAUAUCCUGGAAUCUAAUAGCAAGUUACUAUGAGGAUCUGUCCUUUGGUGGAGAUGGGCUGAUGACAGCAGAGCAGCCCUGGAGUGGACAUUAUGUAGUAGAAUCUCCAAUAUGGAUUACUGCACACACAACCCAGUUUGCGCAGCCAGGCUGGUUUUAUCUGCAAACUGUGGGGAAACUCACACGAGGAGGAAGUUAUGUGGCCUUAACAGACCGCAGAGGGAAUCUUACCAUUGUCAUCGAAACCAUGACACACAAUCACUCUCUGUGCAUUCGACCCCCUCUACCGCAAUUUGACGUCUCCCCUCAGACAGUCACGUUUCAGCUCAAAGGUUCUUUUGCACAUGUCACUGAACUUAAAGUGUGGUACUCAAAAUUGGAUUUUGAGACCAAAAACGAUACACUUUUUCAACAGAGAGGUCCUAUUAAGGUUUAUGAUGGUUUCUUCACCUUAAAACUAGAUGUUGAUGAAGUUUACACAAUCACAACAGUCACUACAGGAAACAGAGGCUUUUACAAAGAGCCCCCCAAAUUUUCUGCAUUUCCAAAGAAUUAUUCAGAUGAUUUUAAAAUUGAUAACCCAACAUUCUCGGAAGCCCCGUAUUUUGCUGAUCAAACUGGCGUGUUUGAGUACUUCAGAAAUGUCACAGAUAAAGGCAUGCACGCCUUUACCUUGCGGCAGGUGAUCACUGAACGGCCAAUCACCUGGGCAAGAGAUGCAGACCAGACCAUCAGCAUCAUUGGAGACUACAAUUGGAGAGACCUCAAUGUGUCCUGUGAUGUCCUCAUUGAAACUCCCAACACUGGAGGUGUGUUUCUGGCAGCAAGGGUUGAUCAAGGAGGAGAAUCCGUCAGACAAGCCAAGGGUGUCUUUUAUUGGCUUUAUUCAAAUGGCACAUUUAAAGUGACAAAUGACAUAAGUGGACAAAGAGUUCUUGCUGAAGGGCUGUCAGGCACAAAGGCAGGCAUUUGGUAUACAUUAACCCUUAGUGUCAAGGGAUAUUUUGCCUCUGGGAUGCUGAACGGAUACCCGCUGUGGAAGAAUGCUGUUGUCUUGAAACCCAAGAGUGGCUGGGUUGCACUCGGAACUUACUCUUUUGAAUAUGCACAGUUUGAUAAUUUUCAAGUGAACGCGGAUUGAUUUCUGUUCUGUUUGAUUCCUCAUGUCCAUGUUUACAUGAUUACUACACACAUAUCUGGAUUGCGUGCACACCCUGUGUGUGUGUGUCUGUGUGUCUGACAGACAGACAGACAGACAGACAGACAGACACUAGUAGCUGAUACAAAGUUACCAGUUUUAUUUUUAGCGUAAUAACUAGCAACAUUGGUUUUUGGCGGUAAAUGUAAUUACCAUGGUGAUUUUUGUAAGGGUACACAUACAGGUGUCUUAAUGUGUUUUUGUUUAAUGCCAAAAUCACUUAACUUCAUGAACGUGUUUAAUUUUGUAAUUUGAAUGUAAUUUGAAAUUAUAAUACAUUGUAGAUGCAU